AGUCGUAUUGUUGUCAUGCCGACUGAGUCUGAAGACGGCUCAACAGGGCGUCGAUCCGUGGGAGGAGCUGAGGAGCAAGGCAAGGGUGAAGAGGCACCUCGAGAGGAGAGCCAAGGUCGACAUGAUGAUGGCGACGACCAUAAUGAUCACGAAGAGCUUCCAGAUGAUGCAGAGAAAUGGGAAGAGCGUCGCCGUGACGAUAGUGCGGACCGACCUCAGGGUAGUCGUGCAGGGGUGGAUCGCGAUGAUGAUGACGAUGUCGAGCGUGAAGGUCGAGGUGAUGACCGAGACAAGCGUGAGCGUCGGCACGGUAGAGAAGACCAUGCACGUCGUCCUCGUCGUGAUGAGGACGACCGUGAGAGCCGUCGUCAUCGUGAUAUAGAAAGAGAUCGCCAUCACCACCACCAGUCUCGUCAUCAUCAACAUCGUAGAGAUUCCCCAAGCCGAUCCCGGUCCCGUCCCAGACGUCCUUCGAAAAGGGACGCUAGUCGGUCCCCCCCAGCUGUCAAUGGUACUCGGGCCAGGACCAAGCGGUCGCGGGAUGAGGAGGAGUAUUUGAGGUUACAAAAAAAGGGUAGAGAAGAUGACUCGAGACGAGGACAUGAACAUCAGAGUCGAUCGAGGGCCUCCCGGACGGUCCUCAUUGCGCAGUUGGGCAUGGACGUGACCGACCGGACUGUCUAUCUCGUCAUGAGUAAACAGGCAGGGAAAGUCAGAGACGUACAGAUUAUUCGGGAUGGUCGCUCACAGAGGUCCAAGGGGAUCGCCUAUGUGGAAUUCGAGGAUCAAAAUAGUGCAGUGAAGGCACUGGGAAUCGAACCCACCUCCUUGUGGACCAAACUAGGCCAUGGAGCUAACAUACAGCCGAGUCAGGCUGAGAGGAACCUCUAUCCGAGCCAGAGCGUCAGCAAUGCAUACGGGGAAAGGGUGAACGAGUGCAGGCUGUAUGUGGGGGGUAGUGCCAACCUUGUGGCCGACCUUAGUGAGGACGAUCUACGAGCACUUUUCCAACCGUUUGGUCCACUCGAUUUCGUUGACCGUCAUCCUCGAAACCAAGGGGAAGGAGGAACAUAUGCGUUUGUGCAAUAUGGGGAUUCUGAGCAUGCUAGGAGUGCCCUCAAGGGCCUCAGUGGAAUGAUGAUUGGCGGUAAGGAGCUCAAGGUUGGUAUGGCGACCUCAGCUGCAUCAGCAGGCUUGUCGUCGUCCUCGGUGGUCGUAGGCGCGAAUACAGACCUUGAUCUUGUGGAGGAUAAUGAGGAAGGGCCGUCGACCCACACGGGGCUCCUCAAGGAUAACCUCUCUCGAGCUCGGCUCAUGCGGGCUAUGGUCCGAGAGCCCAUCGCGGAGGGCAGUUCCCUUCUUAUGAAGUCGGCCACGAGGCUCCCGGCAUCCAACUUGGCCUCGGCGGCAUCGGGGGCGGCUACUGGUACUGGCAGCCGAGUAUUGAUCCUGCGGAACCUUUGGGCUGCGGGGGAUCAGCUGAUGAACGAGGGUGGUCCUGAGAAGUUCUUUAAGGAGAUCACCGACGACGUGAAGUCUGAGGCUAAACGUUUUGGUACGAUAACGGGGUGCUGGCUGGACGAGGCCUCAGAGAAUGGCGACUGCUGGUUGAAGUUCACCACGGGGGCCGCGGCUGCCAAGUGUUCCUUGGGCCUCAAUCGGCGAUGGUUCGCAGGCAGGCAACUGGUGGCGGUUAUAGUGUCAGAGGACAAAUGGGAAGCGGGCCUUUGAGGUCAUCGACAGACACCUCAACACCGACAUUCGGCCUUUGUCAAACUACACUGUAAGAAGUAUCGUCCAGAG